AUGAGCUGGAAUACAAAAAGACAAAAUAUCCAUCUUGAUUCUUCUUCCUUUUACUCAGCAUCACCUAGUAAAACUGGGUCUUACAGUAACACAAACUCAUUUACUCAAAGACCCUUCACAGCUUGUGGAGUACCCUCUCUUGACUCAGAUUCUUGGAGUGACACCUCAUGCGAAUCGCUAACCAAUCAAUUAUCAAGAGGUGCUGCUGAAGAUGCUGCUGAAGAUGCAACCUUAGUGUCGUUUAAAAAAAAUACUCAUAAAAAUCACCAAGACUUAUUCUGGCAGACUGUUGAUAUUGUAUCACCAAGUGAAGAUUAUAAUGGAGAAACUUUUGUAAAAAAAAAUAAAAAAAAAGACACCAAACAAAAGUUACCACGUGCUGUUGAAGAAGAACUUGAAAGUUUUAUUCAAUCAAACAUUGCAAUUCAGAUAGAUGUUGAUUCUUUGGGUGGUAGUGGUAGUGGUGGUGGUGGUGGUGGUGGUGGUGAUGGUGGUGAUGGUGCUAGUGAUGGUGAUGUUUUCAACCAACAGGUCCUUCCAGUCGAACCACUCUCUAUUUUGAAAAGCCCUAAAAUCACCGACAACUCACAACAUGAUUUAUUUGAUCUCCAGCACAUUUCUUUGGAGGAAACUUUACGACGGAAAAGUAACUCAACUCUUGACCGCAAAAACAAACAAUUUAAAGUUUCGUUUGCUCCCACAGUGUCAUUCCAAGAUAAUAAAGUGGCCCCAUUGUCUACUUGCAAGAGCCCCUCACCCCUUAUUUCUGAUGAUGAUUACUCAGGAUACUCUUCGGAUAGUUUUAGACGUCACUCGAGUAAACAGAAAAACUGGAAAAAAAAAUCAAGAGAAAAGGAAAAUACACUAAUAUUCCCCACCUUGACUAUGGAUUUCUUUGAUAAAGUACCUGAACCAAACCUUGGACCUCAACAAAAUUUAUCCCAACAACAAGUACAAGAAGAAAAAACUUUUGGGGAAGAAGAAAAGGAAGAGGAAGAACAGUUUAAUGUUUAUGCAUCCAAGAUGAAGCAGGAUUUUCCAGAAAAGACUGACACUAAAACCAACAUGGGUUUACAAUCAAAACUAGAAACGAUGGAGGUAGAACUGAACCAAGUCAAGAAACAGUAUAAAGUUAUGUGCCUGGAAUCCGAAUACCAAAAGAAAGAGUGGGCAAAAAAACUGGAGAAAGUUCAAACAAUAGUAUUAAAACAUGAAGAAAGCUUACGUGUUGAGCAAAAGUUAAAGUCUACUCUGGAGACUCAGGUGCGGCAUUUAGAAGUAAAACUAAAACUAGAGGAACGCAGCCAUAAGGAUACCCAUGAAAAGAUGCUCCAUGAAGAAGACGAACUUAAAGUUACGUGUACAUUAUUGGAGGAUUGUCAAAAGCAGUUGGUAACCUUGGAAAAGUGUUUUGAAGAACGGGAAAUCCAACUUGUUGAACAGGUCAAAGCUUUGACCAAGAAAAAGGAUGCUGUGAUUAACAAAUUGACUGAUGAAAGCCUUAUUUUAAAACAAAAGCUAGACCAAGCACAUGUCGAUAAAGAUGGAUUAUUUACUAAACACCAGAACCAUAUUAAGCACCUGACGGAAACUUUAGAGAAAACCCAAUUAGAGGCUGUCCGUGCCAAGAAUCAACAAUUAGAAUCUCAUAAAAUACACUCCCGAAAUCAGGAGAUUUUGCUUGCUUCAGUUGCUAAAGAGUCUCAGAUACGGGCUACAGCAGUGGACAGAUUGACGGUUGAUUUAUCACUUAAAAACAACCAGGUGCUGGAACUAGAAGGUGAAAUCCAACGAUUAAACCAGAAUAUUAACGAGAUGAAAAAUUGCGAAAAACAAAAGACUAAAGAAAGUACUUGUCGGAUUGAAAAAAUGAAGACUGAAAAUGAAGCCAAGGUGGAAAAGUUGGAGAGACAGGUGCAGAAAUUUAUGAAGGCGUUUGAAUUUGAACAGACUCAAAGAAUAGAAACCAAAGCAAACUACGAGGCUAAAUUAAAAUCAGCCAAUGAUGUUGUUUCAAAGUGCGAGGCUGACAAGCAUAAUCUGCUUGAUGAGCUUAACCAGGUUAAAAUUGAUUUGCAGGUAAGCAACCUGAAAAUGACACUGGAAGAAAAAGAUUUGGUGAUUAUGACGCUCAAGUCAGAUAUCACACAGAAAACAAACGACUUGAUGGCUUUGGAUACCCAAAUUAAUCAAGUUGCCGCGGAAAUUAAAGAUACCAAAAAAGAUAAUACCAGGAAAGAGUUUGAAGAAGCACUGGUCAGGGUACUUAACAUGGCUCGGAACAGCGGUGAGGGGGCACGCACAAUUGGAUUUUGGGCAACAGUACUACCACAGUCGCAGAAAGUAUUUGCUUGGAUUUUCCAAAACAUUGAAGUGGCAGUUGAUAGUUUAAUGAAGGAGCGUGCAGUGCUUUUAUCUAACAUUCAGGAACUGGAAACUCGUUUGGAACAAAUGGUUGAAGAACAAAAGUAUUUGGGAAAACAGAGGCGGACAGAGACAAGUGAAGCUAAAGUGCUGAUUUUGGAGCUUAAGGAACGUGGAGAGUAUUUGGAAAAAGAAUUAGGGAGAGUUUCUGGAAAGCUGCGUGAGGAGCUGCAAAAUAUGGAAAUGAAGAUUAAGGAAGUUGAGCUGGAACGAAAGGAUGUGAUUGAGCGACUUGAAUGUGCGGAAAGACAAGUUGCAAAACUGAAAGCUUUAGUUGAUGUUAAAGUAAAUCAAUUAAAAGCCAAGGAGGCAGUCAAUACAGAACUGAAAAAGAUGGCUGAUGUAAAAACCAAAAAUAUUGAGAUACUUCAAAAAGCAUUGGAUCAACAAAAGGUGUCUAUUGAAGCUUUGACAGCAGAUAUCCAGACUAAAGAAAGUACCAUUGAAAUACUGAUGAAUGAUUCCAAGACCAAGGAUACCCGGAUUGAGACUUUGAGCAAUCAGAUUGAAAAGGGUGAAAAAAGGAUUUGUGAGCUUGAAGGGAAAACUAAUCAACUGGCAGCUGCAACUGUUGUACAACGAGAUACCAUUGAAACACUUCGGAUGCAAGCUCACGAAAAGACAACUACAUUAGGGGUUACAGAGGCUCGAGUAGCAUCUCUUUUAGCAUCUACGGAAAAGCUAUCUAGUGAUAAUUUUGAGUUGGAAGCCCAAGCAUCAAAACAAUCGUGCCAGGUAUUGACUUUACAAUCCCAGAUAAGAGCUCUAAAAAGCAAAGUUGGAAAACUACAACAAUCUGGACCAGGAGUUCAAAUGCUGUAUAUUGAAAGCUUUACACCAGGAGUGCAACCAAUUGGAGUCACACCAGAAUAUGCACAGACAAUAAUUGGUGAUGUGCUGCGAUUGCUCAAAGCGUACUGUUCAGCUACAGCUGAUGGCGACAAGGGUGGAAGGAGGUUCAUGGACCCGUCACAAGUGUCUGUGUUUUCGUUACCACUUGUUGUUGAAAAGUUAUUAGUAGCUGUGGCAGCAGUUGCAAUAUCUUCAGUAACAGAUGAAGGAGGGGUUAUAAAGAAGAAACGAAGGGUUGUAAAGACAGUAGGGUGGAGCAAAAAUGAGGGAAUGCAAAAUCAUGAGAAAGAGAAAGAAGGAGGAAAUGUGGGGGGGAGAUGA